AUGCUCCAACGUAUACAAGUGCUUUAUGCAGUGAGAUGCCUCGCCCGUCGCCGUGGCCUAGGAGACAUGGACAGUCCUGAGCGCACAGCCGUCAUGAUGGGCGGCAGCAUCGCCGGCCUCACCCCUGGCCAAAGCAUGCUGGAGAGGUUCGGCAUCCGGUGCAGGCUCGUCGGGGCCUACGACGGCAUCGCCCCGCAGGUUCAGAGCGCUAGCAUGGUCAUGGCCCGCCCCGGAGCCAUCGGGGAGAAGUGCGGCGGCGCCUUCGAGGGUAGAUGGCCGAGGGUAGAUGGCCUGCCCGUCGUCGGCGCCUCCAUCACGACGGCGGCGUUGGACGAGAAGGCCUCCAAACCCAGGAGGAGGCAGUACGCCGGUCUCGGGGCCGCCGGGCUGGUCCUCGUCGUAGCUGGCGCGCCGUGCCUUGGCGUGCCCGUCACGGAUGAGGGAUCCGGCGUACAGCUGCGAGUCCUUCGAUGCCGCUGA